AUGAAAAGCUCGAAAAAGGUGUACUUUGCAAUAUCAGAGGCCUUCUUCUUCUUCUUCUUCUUCUUCUUCUUCUUCUUUAUCAUUCCUUUCUUGUCACACUCUCUCAGUUUUUCUUUAUCUUUUUUAUUUUUCUCCAAUUUCAUUAGCCAGUCUAUCACAGUUUUGACCGUGGGCCUCUCGAAGUGUGCAAUUUGGCAGAGACUAUACGAAGAUAAAAUCUUUGCGAAUUGCAUUCGCUUUUUAUGCAUUUUCCCAAUUUCACUCCUUCUCUCCCACUCUCUUUUAUUUCUUCUAUUUCGAUUCCUCUUUCUCUCUUUUUCAUUCUCGUUUGAUAACCUCUUUCCUUCUUUUUUCCAUCUUUCUUUCUUUACCUUUUACUCUAUUUCCAAUUCUAUUCCAGCCUCUGCUGUCCUACUCUCUUUAUCCGCAUGUCGCUCUUUCUCAUUCGCUUUCUGUUUGUAUUGCCUCCCUAACUUCGCCUCUCUCUUUUCAUUCAAUUUUACCUCACAUUACACAUCUAAAUCUCCUUUUAUCUAUCUCUGUCUAUCUAUCUAUCUAUCUAUCUAUCUCUAG